CCAACAAAAGCAUUUCAGAUCUGAAGACCAAGACCAAGACGACGAAGAAGAUUACAAAAACGAUUUCUCUCUGCAGAUCUGAAGCAGAGCUGAGCUGUUGUCUUCCUCACAUUUCAAAUCUGAUGAACGAGCGAGUAAUUCCAUAAUUAUCAUUGUACAAUCAUGAGAGUAUCCUCUGCUUCCACUGCCUCCGCCGAAGACAGGAUCGCCACACUCAGCGGCGGAGGCUACCGAGACGCCGAGUCACUCUUCCGGACCAAGCCGAUAUCGGAAAUCCGAAAUGUUGAACUCACCACCAAGAAACAGAUCCAGGAAAAGCAGGAGGAGUUGCGCCAAUUGGUCGGAACUCGGUACCGAGACCUAAUCGACUCGGCCGAUUCGAUUAUGCUUAUGAAAUCGUCAUGUGAGUCCAUUUCUUCUAACAUUUCUUCAAUUCAUUCACACAUUCUCUCUUUGUCCGCCGAAACCCCCAAAUUGGUUAGCCCUAACCCAAAUCGACUUAAAAUUUACGGCAUUGCGUGUCGUGUUAAGUACUUGGUUGAUACACCGGAGAAUAUUUGGGGUUGUUUGGAUGAAUUUAUGUUUUUGGAGGCGGCGGCGAGGUAUGUGCGUGCCAAGCACGUGCAGUACAUUUUGAUUGAUGUUAAUAAAGAUAUGGAUCAGUUGAAUUUUCCGCUGUUACAACAUCAGUGUCAAAUUGUGGAUAGUUUCAAGGCGCAGAUUUCGCAGAGGAGUCGAGAGCGUUUGUUAGACAAAGGGCUGGGAGUUAAUGCUUAUGCUGAUGCUUUAGCUGCAGUUGCGGUGAUUGAUGAGCUUGAGCCCAAGCAGGUUCUGGGGUUGUUUUUGGAAACAAGAAAAGCUUGGAUUCUGCAAACAUUGGGGAGUACUUUUGCUUCUUCUGAUGUUGUUUCUGUGUUUUGUAAUGUUUUGACUGUUAUUCAGGUCAGUGUAGCUCAAGUAGGGGAGUUGUUUUUGCAUGUACUUAAUGAUAUGCCUUUGUUUUAUAAAGUUAUUUUGGGUUCGCCUCCCGCUUCUCAAUUAUUCGGUGGGAUUCCAAAUCCCGAUGAGGAGGUUAGGUUGUGGAAGUUAUCUAGGGAUAAAUUAGAGGCUAUAAUGGUGACACUUGAAAAAGAUUAUAUUGCCAAGACGUGUUUUAGUUGGUUGAGGGACUGUGGUGGGGAGAUUGUUAGUAAGAUUAAUGGCAAGUUUUUAAUUGAUUCAAUCAGCUCUGGCAAAGAACUUGGAUCAGCUGAGAAGUUGAUACGUGAGACCAUGGAUAGUAAGCAAGUGUUGGAGGGUAGUUUGGAGUGGCUUAAGAGUGUAUUUGGAUCAGAGAUUGAAUUGCCUUGGAGUAGGAUUCGUGAGCUCAUUUUGGAAGAUGAUUCUGAUCUCUGGGAUGAGAUUUUUGAAGAUGCCUUUGUUAGGAGGAUGAAAAGGAUUAUUGAUUCAGGAUUCAAGGACUUGUCCAGAGUUGUGAAUGUUGUGGAGUCCAUUCGUGCAAUAGGAGGGGAUACUUCUGGUGGAGUGAUUGAUUUCCGCACAUACUUGAACAGACCUUCUACUGGUGGUGGGGUUUGGUUUAUUGAACCUAAUAAUAAUGUUAAGAAGGCUGGUUUAGCGUUGGGGCAUAAAGCAUCACACGAAGAGAAUGAUUUUCAGAGUUGUCUCAAUGCCUAUUUUGGUCCUGAAGUUAGUCGGAUCAGAGAUGCAGUUGACAAUUGUUACCAGACUGUCCUUGAGGACCUGCUGAGUUUCUUAGAGUCUCCAAAGGCAUCUCUACGGUUGAAAGAUCUUGCACCGUAUCUACAAAACAAAUGUUAUGAAAGCAUGUCAACCAUCUUGACAGAACUCAAGAGGGAGCUUGAUGAUCUAUAUGCUGCCAUGGAAAAAGGCACACAGGAUGGUCAGUCUUUGGCUUCACCUAUCAUUGUUGAAAAAUCCCUAUUUAUUGGGCGACUUUUGUUUGCUUUCCACAACCACUCAAAGCACAUUCCAGUAAUACUCGGUUCUCCAAGGUUUUGGGGAAAAGAAACUAUGGCUGCUGUUUUUGAUAAAUUGUCACCUCUAUUGAGGCAAUCUGGAGUUGCUACCGAUGCUCCUGAUACCCCUGGAAGGCAAACACCCACUGGCUCCAGAAGACAAAGUUCAGCUGCUACUGCUGCAUUGCUUGGAGCAAAUGAAAGUGCAAGCCCGAAACUUGAAGAGCUUUCUAAACUCACAAGAGAUCUCUGCAUUAGAGCUCACAGCCUGUGGACAUCAUGGUUAUCUGAUGAGCUUUCUGUCAUUCUCUCACGGGAUCUUGAGCAAGAUGAUGGAUUGUCGGCAACAACUCCCUUGAGGGGUUGGGAAGAGACCGUGGUCAAGCAAGAACAGUCUGAUGAGAACCAGUCAGAGAUGAAAAUUUCACUCCCAUCCAUGCCUUCCCUCUAUAUCAUCUCAUUCUUGUGCCGAGCUUGUGAAGAGAUUCAUAGAAUUGGAGGGCAUGUACUUGACAAGUCAAUUCUGCAAAAAUUUGCAUCACAACUAUUGGAAAAGGUCAUAAGCAUUUAUAUGAACUUCCUUUCUGCUAUAGAGGCAAAUGGAUCACAAGUGUCAGAGAAAGGAGUUUUGCAAGUUCUUUUAGACUUAAGAUUUGCUGCUGACGUUCUUUCUGGUUGUGAUUCUAAUAUGAGUGAGGAGUUAUCCAAAAAUCCGAAGUCAAAGUUUUCUUUCAGGCGAAAGCAGGAUCAAAGCCAAACAAAAUCUGCUAUUGGGGAGCGUGUUAAUGGAUUAAUUAAUCGUUUUUCACAAAGAUUGGAUCCUAUUGACUGGCUUACGUACGAGCCAUAUCUCAGGGAGAAUGAAAGGCAAGCAUACCUGCGGCAUGCUGUCCUCUUUGGUUUCUUUGUGCAACUUAAUCGGUUGUAUACAGACACUGUGCAGAAACUGCCGACUAAUUCUGAGUCAAAUAUUAUGAGAUGCUCUACAGUUCCUCGCUUCAAAUAUCUCCCAAUAAGUGCUCCAGCUCUCUCUUCAAGAGCGACAACUAGAACAUCCAUUCCAGCUGUUUCAGAUGAUAUCUCUUCAAGAGGCUUCCUUAAAGCAUAUACAAAUGGAGAGCUUUCUCAAAAUCUUGAUUUGGAUGACAACUCAAGUUUCGGGGUAGCAACACCAUUCUUAAAGUCUUUCAUGCAGGUUGGCAGCAGAUUUGGAGAGAGCACUAUGAAAUUAGGAUCCAUCUUAACAGAUGGUCAAGUCGGCAUAUUCAAGGAUAGAUCAUCAUCUGCCAUGUCGACAUUCGGCGACAUUCUACCUGCACAGGCUGCAGGACUUCUUUCUUCUUUCACUGCAACCAGAACAGAUUCUUGAUCGCCUGUAGUAGUCCGUCAGUCUCAUUUUUUUCUUAGACAUACUUAUUUCGGUGGAGAGGAACACUUCGAAACUUCCAAAACACACUGGAUGCUUUGCGUGUACACACAGGUCACAGGAUGCUUUGCGAGAUAGUACACGUUACAGACGAAGCAAAAUUCAUCGUCAUUUUCAUUUUCAGUUGCAAUGGAACACAGGAACUGAGGUGUUGGAAAAAUGUUCAUCUCCCCGCACCGAAAGGAGAAACAAAGACGCAGAAGAUUGUGAAUCGAGGAAGUCGGACCAAAGAAAAGGUAACAUUUGCAAUCUGUAUUCUGUAUAGACCAAUUUGAGUUGUUGUGAAUAUAGAUACCUUAAAAGAGGAGGAUGUGAUGUGAUGUGAUGUGAUGUGAUGUGAUGUCUGAGAGGGGAGGUUUAGGGUUUUAUCACGUAAAGAAUUCAAAGAGGCAGGAAGGUGUUUGGUGGAAGGGAAAAUUCAUUGGUCAAAAUCAAAUCCCUAAUAAUAGAUUUUCUAUUGGGAAUUUCACCCUUCCUUUUUUUUUUUUUUUUUUUUUAAUUUCCUUUUGGUU